AUGCUAGAGUCGUGCUCGUUGUUUGCAGCAGAGUUCAGUACGCUCUUCCAUCCGUUUGGCACGGAAUACGACAUUGAGCGCCGACACCCCGAGACGGUUCAGACCUUGGUCAAUCUGUCUGGUUAUGUGACAUACAUUGAUGACAUACGCGAGACAUUGCGUCCUGAGAUUGAAUUGAUCGAAACCCGUGUGGUGGCGCCGAUUCAAGAGGUUGAACAAGUCCUCAAGAGCAUUAACAAAGCAAUCACGAAGCGCGACCACAAAUUGAUUGACUUUGACCGGCACACUAACUCGUACACAAAAUUGAAGGAAAAGCAGAAUCGUUCCGCUAAAGACGACCAACAUAUGUUUAAGCUCGAGCACGACUGUGAAGCGGCUGCAGCGGAUUAUGAACAUCAUAACAAUCUGUUGAAAGCUGAACUGCCUCAAUUCCUUGCCAUGGCCACCAAGUUCAUCGGCCCACUUUUCUAUUCUCUGUACUACAUGCAACUCAAUGUGUUUUACCUGUCUAUGGAGAAACUCAAGUCAUAUGCCGAAGGCCGUUUUGACUUGUCAGAAAACAACCUCAUUUCUCAUGAGCACAAAUUUGCCAUGGACAUGAGCCAUAUUUUGGCUGAAUUCGAUUCAUUUUCCAUUCAAAAACCCGGACCACCAACAGCCCGUAUUCUGCAAAUGGCCAAGGCUGGUGCACCGCUCAGUUCUCGACCCAAAGGACUUCCCUCAGCUGUAAGUGCUCCAUCAACCACUGGCACUGGUGCCAAGGUUGGCGCGGCUACAGUGCCUCCAACAGCAACAGCUACCUCUGCUGCAGCACCCCCGCCAGCGUAUACGCCUAGUGCGGCAGGUGCAGCCACCGUUUCCGACACCACCAAACCUAGUGCUUUGGCUGCUGACUAUGUCGUAGCCUUGUAUGACUAUGCAGCAACGGCUGAGGGUGACUUGUCAUUUAGGGCUGGCGACCGCAUCGAAGUUAUCAAGCGCACGCCUAGUACUGAGGAUUGGUGGACUGGUCGCUUGCACGGUAUUGAGGGCGUGUUUCCUGGCAAUUACGUGCGGGAAGACGCAUGA